UCACAGCCAGUCCAGUAUCGUCUGAUAACUUUGGUCGCUUCUAGAAAAUCCCUUUGUGCGUUGCGAAUUUUCGGCUCAAUUUCCACCCAAAUCCAACCCGUAAAAGUGCGAAACUGUGUCCAAAUUGUGACAUAUUGUACGGUUAAAGUGUAGUCGGUAACGUUUGAUAGGUAUAAACCAGAAAAAGUGCAAAAACCAUCCGGAAAGGAAACCCAUCAGAAAAGUGCAAAAGGCUCGGCUCUCGAUCUUCGCAGCAGGAUCCUUGAUAGAAGAAAAAAGACAGUGAUUACAACAGCGCGCCGUCGUCGUAGCAGAAAAAGGUUCUGCUGAAAGGAAUUUUCUCGUACCCAGUGUUCCAUAAAUCCGGUCAAAAUUUGCGUCGUAAAGAUGGAUCUGUUGAAGAAGAUGAUGGGCCUAGAUGGUCACAAGGACGACGACGACGACAAGAGAAAGAAAAAGCCGGUUGUCAAGGAUGAGUUUCGGAAACCCAUCUGGGUAGAGGAGUACGACAGCGACGAUGACCUGUUCGACAACCAGAAAAUCUUCGGUGUCCAAAUCUUCACCAAUCCUCUUGAGAUUCAGAAACAUUUCGAGCACCAAAUCCAGGAGAUGAUGAAGAGCUUAGAGGAGUACGAUGAUACCGUGAAACAUUUCGAGCGCGACUUGAAGCAGGACUUCCUCAAGCCCGGUUUCGAGGACGAAAUCAAGAAAGAGCUCAAAACGGAAAAACGUCUCGACACGGAUUUGGACGGAGAAAUCUACCCGGACCAGUUGCACAGCCUGUUGCAACGUAUCUCACCGGAACUGAAAGAGCUGCUACCGAGAAAGAAGCAUUUGGAAGUCAGCUCUAUCCAACAGCCAAAGCUAAAGUUGACCGAUGAACAGAAGAUUAUGGACUGGAUUCAUGGUUACAAAGAAUCGGAACCGUUGCCGCCGGCACCACGUGCGCGUCCUUCGCGUAAAAUUCCCUCCCAACGCUAUCACGAUGGGAUCUUCGAGGGAACGUUCCAGGGCCCGAGAAUGUUUGGCCAAAGCAUCAUCUCACAAACAAUCCGUAAACCCGAUGGAUCGUAUGAAACGCGCAAAACGGUCCGUGAUUCGGAAGGCCAUACCCAAACGACCAUAACCCGUUCGACCAAGGACGGCCAAAAGGAAACCAUAACUACGUACGGCGACGAAGGGGGGUCUACGGCCAAACCGUUCUUCGAAAAGGCACUGCCCAAACAGGGUGGCGGUAGUGACGAAUCCGUUGCCGGUACAUUGCUGGAUCAAGAUCAGGGCUGCCGCAAGCACCUCUUCUCCAAGAAUGGUUACGUUUUGCCGAAGAACCUCUGGUGACUUCAAGCGCAGACAAACCGUAAUGAGCUAACUACAAUACUAGUAGAUCAUCGGUUCAAUUUCCAUUUCUUUUACAAUUCUUACUUCCCUACCAUCGGGGUGGCAACCGUCAACGUUGCCAACCACCGGUCAUUGUCGUCGUUUAGUGAGCCAAAUAUGUGUGUAGUAGAAGUAGAACAGGUCCACUCGGUUAGCGAGUGGAAUCAUCGUUUAACAAAUAUUCACCCUGAUAAUUAUUGCUACUAUCCAAUGCAAGCCUAUAUUAAUAACGGUCAUGAUGAUUAUGAUGUAUCAGAGCAACAGACAGCAACAGUCUUGCGCAGCAAUAUCGAAUGUCCUGUCGAUGUUUUAGUUUUACAAUUGAGAAACUUACUUUUAGCGUUAGUAGUGAUGAUUAGUUUAAGUAGUAUUGAAGUCUUAAUUUCAUUGUACAACAUCAACAGCUACCAGCACCUCGCUGGGGAAGUGGUGGCUUCGCAGCGGAUGCAGUCCACACCAGUUGAACGAACCAGUAUUAUGAGCAAUGAGUGGCAACGGCGAGGACAGUUAUGAAAACCGGUCCAUCAUCGUCGGUUCAACCGUUGUUAUGCUGCUGCUGUCGCUGCUAUGCAAGCCACUUCAGCCAGGAAACGUUUGUGUUUGUGAUAUUCUUUUACGUUAGACAGUUAUCGAUACGACUUAUCGAAUAAGUUUGCUAUUCUUAGUGCUAAUAAUUUCAACAGCUGAUUGUUGUGGUUGGACCCGGAUGGGGGGUCGGUCGUUUACAUGAAGCAAAAGACUAAAUUUCGGAAGCAAAACCAGCAACCGCGGUAACACACACAGACAUACCUUACUUACAUUACGCGGAGGAAGGAGACUAUCCAUCAUAGCAGCAAGGUAAGUCUGUGUGCGAGUUUUAGGUAGAUGUUUUUUCCGGUGACUGAAAGAAGAGAGUAAAUUAUAUAUAUUUUUUUAUCAUGUAAGAAUUUUUAUUGAUUCGGUAGAACUUUUCGUGAACAGGAAGAAGAGAUGACAAGGAAAGCAGUGUAGAAGGCUCUAUACACAUAAACAACCAAAAACAAAAAAAUGACUACUAAAACAAACAAACAUACAUUAUCUCUAUAAUUAUAAAUGGCUUUCCCUACAAACUUGAAGAACCGUCUUACAACAAAUAUAUGAAGCAUUAGAAUGCUAAUAAUCAGCAUUUCUCUCAUUGUGGAAAAAUAAA